CUCCUGGGAUAAGCGUGUGAUUUUGUUUGCGUGCGCGCCGUGUCACUGCGGUCAGAAGAUGGAGAUCUGUCGGAGCCUCUGUCUGUCUGUGAGGAUGUUGUUGUGGUUGCUUGUGCUCCUGCUGUGUACCGUUUCUGCAGCUCAGCGCUCGGAACCCAUGUUCUCAGCAAUCACCAAGUCCGUCCUUCCUCCUGACUAUGACAACAACCCCACCCAGCUCAACUAUGGCGUGGCCAUUACAGAUGUGGACGGAGACGGAGACCUGGAGAUGUUUGUCGCUGGCUACAACGGCCCAAACUUGGUGCUUAAGUAUGACAGGGAGAGGAAGAGGCUUGUCAACAUCGCUGUUGACAACCGCAGUUCCCCGUUCUAUGCCCUGAGAGACCGUCAAGGCAACGCCAUCGGAGUGACAGCUUGUGACAUCGAUGGAGAUGGUCGGGAGGAAAUUUAUGUCCUCAACACCAAUAACGCCUUCUCUGGUCGGGCAACAUAUACUGACAAGCUGUUCAAGUUUCGCAAUGGACGCUUUGAAGAUGUGCUGAACGAUGACAUCAAUGAGCACAGAGACGUAGCUAACCGUAUGGCGGGGCGCUCAGUGGCCUGCGUGGACAGGAAGGGUACAGGUCGUUAUUCUAUCUACAUUGCUAACUACGCCAGUGGCAAUGUGGGUCCCCAUGCUCUCAUAGAAAUGGAUGAAGCUGCGAGUGACCUUUCACAGGGGGUCGUUGCCCUCUCUAAUGUGGCUGAGGAGGCUGGAGUCAACAAGUUUACCGGAGGGCGAGGUGUCGUGGUGGGGCCCAUUGUGAGUCAGACGCUCUCUGAUGUCUUUUGCGACAAUGAGUAUGGGCCAAACUUUCUAUUUAGGAACAAUGGCGAUGGAACUUUCUCUGAUGUGGCACAGAAAGCUGGAGUGGAGGAUCCCAUGCAACAUGGACGAGGAGUGGCUCUGGCAGAUUUUAACCGUGAUGGCAAGACAGAUAUCGUGUAUGGCAACUGGAAUGGACCGCACCGCCUGUACAUGCAGCUGAACAGCCGCAAGCAAAGGUUCAAGGACAUCGCAUCCCAGAAGUUUUCCAUGCCGUCCCCAGUUCGCACAGUUAUCGUUGCAGACUUCGACAAUGACAAUGAGCUGGAGGUCUUCUUCAAUAAUAUCGCCUACAGGGGCUCCUCUGCCAACAGGCUGUUUAGGGUUAGCAGGAGAGAGCAUGGAGACCCUCAGAUAGAAGAGCUGAAUGUCGGGGAUGCAGCUGAGCCAGAAGGAAGAGGAACCGGAGCUGUAGCAACAGACUUUGAUGGCGAUGGCCGCCUGGAACUGCUCGUAUCGCAUGGUGAGAGUGCUGCACAGCCCCUGUCUGUGUACAAAGUCAAUCAGGGCGCUGCCAACUCAUGGCUCCGUGUGAUACCCCGAACCAAAUUUGGUGCCUUUGCUAGAGGGGCUAAAGUGGUGGUGUACACUAAAAAGAGUGGCCCGCACACUCGCAUCAUCGAUGGCGGCUCUGGGUACCUGUGUGAGAUGGAGCCUGUCGCUCACUUUGGGCUUGGUAAGGAUGUCGCCACCAAUGUAGAGGUCUACUGGCCUGAUGGUCACUCAGUGGCCCGACCCUUGGAACCUGAUGAGCUCAACUCAGUGCUGGAGAUCCAGUAUCCAAGAGAAGAGGAGGAAGUCACGCCUACUGUGAACAUAGAGUGUGGUGAUGGGUUUGCGCUUAACGAGUAUGGCCGUUGCACCGACAAAGAUGAGUGUACCCAGUUCCCUUCUGUGUGCCCCUCUGAUCGCCCUGUCUGCACAAACACCUAUGGCAGCUAUAAGUGCCGCGCCAAGAGAAGAUGCAACCAGGGUUUUGAACCCAAUGAUGAUGGGUCAGCAUGCGUGGCCCAGGUGGCAUACUUUGGGGAGACGCGGUCUUCUGGAGAACGCAAGUGGCCGGGCCUCUCUUUCUGGCUGCUUUCCAUCUCAGUGCUACCAAUUCUCCACCUCCCAACAGGAUUACUGUAGCUGCCAUUUCCCAACUGUCCCCACCGCCUAAUGAGGUUGUGCAGAAACUCUCAGAACAGACUUGUGUAUUACACCUCUGUCUCUUCACCCUAGAAAAUUUCCACAUGGAUCUCUGCUAUCUCUUUACUUUUAGUUAAUUAAUUUCUUGCUCCGUGUUGCUACUAUGUGUCACCUCAUGGCUCCCGGCACCCUCUGGACUGUAAAGAAACUCAUAGGGAGCAUGCUCGCUGGGAGUAGCGGGGUUCACACCCGCAAAGCCCUCACGUCAUCACCUGGCACUUAUCGUAGUUGGGCCUGAACUGGAGCCAAGUCAAUAACUGGAGCUCCAGCGAAUAAACCACUUCACAUACAGCAGACAGAGCUGGUGGCUCCACAGACCACAUUCAUUAGAGACAUGCUGAGGCCCCAUCUGUAUCUCCACAAGGCCACUCUGUUAAUCCUUACAAUGUCAGCCUCAUUCUUAUGUGGUGGGUGUACUGGGAUGCUGAUGAACAGCAUAUGUGUGUUUAUAUGUGUGUGCAUGUGAGUGUGUGCGCUGUGCCCAAAAGAACAGUCGGGUAGAGGACCAUAUGCUGGACCAUCUGUUAUCGAUGGCAUUUUGUUUCCUCUGUAAUACAGAGUGUAGUAAAGAAGGUGUGUCCCUGAGCACAAGAAUAAACAAAUUUUAAUUUUUGGAAGUAAAACAACAAAACAAUCAUAGAAACACCCUUAAUUAACCUUUUUAUUGAGAAUUUGCCACAAAAAGAUACUUGUGAAUAUUACACCAACACCACCCUUUAUAGUUAAUGUCUGUGCCAGGUUAAACUCAACACUCACACUGGAGAUUGAAGGACAUUUCUACAGAAGGUCAUGCUACUGGCAAAAGUAUCUGAAAGCCUCUGCAAACACAGGGAGUCUGAAUGUUAAAUAGUGAAGUAGCAAGUACUAUAUAGUCUAGGCCCCAAGUCUCAUUAGUACUGGUGUUUCUCUCCAGAUACCACAGUGUGAAGUGAGAGUCUUCAACUCCCCCUGGACAGGAAACCAGUCCAUCGUAGGUUACCUUCCCAGCUGAGGCCUAUCCACAUUAC